UUCCGGUUGGACAUUGCACAAUGCGAAUACAGCAGAAUUUUCAAGGUUUACUAAAAUAGCGAUGGCGUCAACGACUCAUUCGUAUAUUUUAAGUGAAAAGCAUAAUUCAAUGCCGCCACAUGUUAGUUGACUGGUUGACAGACGUCUGGCAGGACUUGCAUUUGACAGUCGUAGAUCAGCUGUGGAUUAACAUCUGAAAUCAUGCCUAAACAAAAAACUAAGAAGAAAAGCAGAUAUGUGCCAUAUGCUGUUGGUUUCAAAGUUCCCUCUGACCAAGCAAAAAUCAAGGCUAUUGGGUCUCACCCCAUUGUCUCAGAACUGGAUCCACAGUCUUCCAACGGAUUUGAAUUCUUUCAGCCCAUUCCGCAGCCAACAAAUAUAGAUGAUUGGCUUGCACAGUAUGACGAGGAUGGACAAUCGUACGGUGAUUAUCUCAAACAAUGUCCAUGGCUUUCAACUAGGAAGUUGAAGUACAUGCUACAACAGUUUGUGUCUGACGGUAAAACCAUUUUGGAGAAAUACCCGAACGGUAAAAUAUACCUGCUGCCUCUUGGAGACUUCUCAGGUGAAAAUUGUGUCAAUUUUAAAACUUUGAUGGAUUUUGCUCAGAUGUAUCUCGGCAUACCUGUGAUCACAUUACCUGGAAUUGCUCUUGAAGAGGAAAAUAGUAGAAUUUUCUGGACAGAGAACCCAGAAGAUCGGCCAACUCAUGGCAAAAGGUCAAGUUCCCGGAGAAGAAAGUUUGAAAUAAACUCUAGAUUUCAUCAACCAACAAACCGUAUACAGUUGAAAUUGGACGAGACCUUGUUACGUCUGAGGAGCCUCAUUCCAACAGAUGCUAUUUGUAUGGUUGGUCUUACAAUGUACGACCUUUAUGGCGACGACACCGACCUUUUUGUAGCGGGAAUGGCAGCAGGGAACCAUCGUGUGGCGAUGUUCAGUUUCAACAGGUACGAUCCAGCUCUUAGUUUCUCCAUUGAGAAAUGGUACGACAUCACUUGUGACAACUCCAUGAGUACUAUAGAGCGGAGAAAACUGAUUUUACAACGAAGCUGUAAGCUACUUGUCCACGAAAUUGGUCAUCUGCUCGGUAUCGACCAUUGCAUUUACUACGACUGUUGCAUGAACGGAUCUGGUCACUUGUCCGAGGACUUCAGACAACCCAUGCACCUGUGUCCUGUUGAUCUUCAUAAGCUGCAGACACUGGUUGGGUUUGAUGUGAUUGAACGGUACCAGGCCCUGGCUAAGUUCUACAAGGAACACAAAAUGGAAGAAGAACACAAAUGGGUGACCAAGAGGAUGGCUUUCAUCAACCAAUCAAAAACCUGAUAAUGACACUAUGGCAUAUAGUGUAAUCUGUUUUAACCAAAAUUGAACCAGUGUUAUGCAGUAACCUGUCUACUCUGACCCCUCUGGUGGUGCUCGGUUUAGACAGGUACAACUUUUAUCAUGCAGAUAUAUACUGUAUUCAGGUUUUAAUUUGAAUUUUAUUAAUUCUUUUUCUGUUUAUACACGACAUGUCUUGAAGGAAGGACCAUUAAAAAAUGUUGAUUUCGUUUGAUUUCAAAUUCAGAUGGAAUCCGUUUGUAGAUUUAUUAACUCAAACUUGUUCUUAUUACUGUAACUUAAUUGUUUAUUAGGUAGCACAGUAUCUACAUGUAUGAAUGUGUCAGUAAUUAGAUUUAUAUAGUACAAUAGCAAUUCUGGAUGGUUUUACAUUUUUUUUUACAUAUUUCAGGAUAUUCCUCCAGUAAUGUCAUGUGUAAGAGCGCGAGCGACCUGUGAUAUUAAACAAAUUGUGACAUUAGCAGAAAUACUGUAUUUAUUGGUAAAAUAAGUUACAUAUGAAGAGUAUGUACUUUUUAAAGAUGUUUAUGUAUAUGGUCCCUCUUUAUAAUAACAAAGCUAGCUCAGUAAUGGCAGGGAGUGUGUACAAUUUCAUUAGCCAGUCACCCAUAAGUAGUUGUUGUAUCUAGGCUAGUGAAAUUUUUUAAUAUCUAUAAUGAUGUUAGGCUAGUAGAACUUUUAAAAAUCAAUCUAGUACUCUACAAUUGUAUACCCAUGAUGCACCUCUUCUACUGUUGUUUAACAUCUAGCCAUUCUGACAUAUCAAAAAAUGCAUUGAUAUGGCCUUCCUUAACUGAAAUGUGAUUAUAAGCAGCAUUACAUUAACUGGAAUUCAUUGUGUAUGUUACAAUCAUUACAACCAUUUUUAGACUGUGAUAACUUCUUUACAGUUUUUGCAAUUUUAUUUAUCUAUGAAAUUAUGAACUAUUGUUUUAAUAAAAGUUUUUGUUUAAGUUAA